CGAUGGCGAAGAGCCGCGGGGAGAACGGGCCUCGCUCGCCGGGACCAGGCGGGAGCCUGUCGGGGACCCGGGAGAGCCUGGUCCCGGGCCCGGACGCGGCCUCGGCCACCGACGAGCUCAGCUCUCUGGGCUCCGACUCGGAGGCCAACGGCUUCGCGGAGCGCCGCACCGACAAGUUCGGCUUCCUCGUGGGCGCGCAGGGCGACCCCGGCGCGUUAGAGGAAGUCCCCCUGGAGGUGCUGAGACAGAGGGAGUCCAAGUGGCUGGACAUGCUCAACAGCUGGGACAAGUGGAUGGCCAAGAAACACAAGAAGAUCCGUCUGCGGUGCCAGAAGGGGAUUCCGCCAUCUUUGCGGGGCCGGGCUUGGCAGUACCUGUCAGGAGGAAAGGUGAAGCUCCAGCAGAAUCCUGGGAAGUUUGAUGAGCUGGACCUCUCGCCAGGAGACCCCAAGUGGCUGGAUGUGAUUGAGAGAGAUCUGCACAGACAGUUUCCCUUCCAUGAGAUGUUUGUGUCCCGUGGAGGCCACGGCCAACAGGACUUGUUCCGCGUGCUGAAGGCCUACACCCUCUACAGGCCAGAGGAGGGCUACUGCCAGGCCCAGGCCCCUGUGGCGGCCGUACUGCUCAUGCACAUGCCUGCGGAGCAAGCUUUCUGGUGCCUCGUGCAGAUCUGCGAAAAGUACCUGCCGGGCUACUACAGUGAGAAGCUGGAGGCCAUCCAGCUGGACGGGGAGAUCCUGUUCUCUCUGCUGCACAAAGUGUCCCCCGUGGCCUACAAACACCUGAGCAAGCAGAAGAUUGACCCCAUCCUGUACAUGACAGAGUGGUUCAUGUGCGCCUUCUCUCGCACCCUGCCCUGGAGCUCUGUGCUCCGUGUCUGGGACAUGUUUUUCUGUGAAGGGGUGAAGAUCCUCUUCCGGGUGGGCCUGGUGCUGCUGAAACACAGCCUGGGCUCCUCUGAGAAGCUUAAGGCCUGCCAGGGCCAGUACGAGACCAUGGAGCGGCUGCGGAGUCUGAACCCCAAGAUCAUGCAGGAGACCUUCCUGGUGCAGGAGGUCAUUGAGCUGCCUGUGACCGAGCGGCAGAUUGAGCGUGAGCACCUGAUCCAGCUUCGUAAGUGGAAGGACACGCGGGGUGAGCUCCAGUACCAGUCGCCACCGAGGCUCCACGGGGCCAAAGCCAUCAGUGAGGCAGAGCCAGCCCCCUGGAAGGCACUGGAGCCCUCUCCCUCCAUCCGCCUGCCCCCGGGCACCCAGCUGCCAGCCGUGGGGACCAAAAGCAGGCAGCAGAAACAGGCGGAGAAGGCGCAUCAGAAGGCGAUGAAGGAGAAGGCCAAGAAGCAGCCCCCGCCACAGCCAUCCCCAUCAGCGCCCAGCCAGGCUGGUGGCGCCGGCCCAGAGGCCCCUCCCCAGGGCCCGGGCCCCAAAGCUGCCCCGGGGGCAGAGGAUACAGACACCAAGGACUCACGUCAUCAUUCCAAGGAGAGCCUGACUUCCCAGGAGAGUGAAGACACUUACUUGUAAAAGGGGGCUCCCCGAUUCCUCAUUUUCCCUUUUCUGAAGGGCUGGGAGGGGACAUUCAGAGGGUGGGGGAGAGAGAGCUUCCUGCAGCCUCGACGUCCUGCUAGGCCAGUAGCAAAGGGCAUCUUGUGUGGCCAGAAGGUGGGGCCCUUGACAGUGGCUGGCCUGAGGGGAUCGUGUGUCCCCUUCUGUUUGCUGGGCGCUGGCCCCUCUCCCUUCUCUGCGGGGGCACGGUUCUUCAGGGCCUGCACUGUAACCCCCGAGUCGAGGCCGUGGGCAGACUGCAUCCUCCCAUCAGUAUGACCCUUACCCUCUGCCCAGCAGCAGUAAGGGGAGGACCCUGGGGGGUCAGCGGAAAGCUCCUCGGCCUCGGUGACUAUUUGUUUUCUCUGGUGUUGGGCCUCGGGUUGCCCACCCGCCCAGCGGGUGGCCAAGCAUCCAUUCUCCAGCCUGAAGGUCCUGGCCCUGUCUGUGUUCUCGGGCUACCAGGCUCCUCUCGGUCACAGUGAAAUCACAUGCUUCCUGUUGCCCCAUGGGGCUCCUCCCAACUCACCUCUGCCCAGGGGUGGGGGGCCAGGCCUCCCUCCCCCUCAGCCUCCAGCCCUUUUCAGCCUAGGGCUCAGACCCUCAGAACUGACCAUCAGCUACUGCUGUCCUGGGGUUGGGCCCCACCUGCUGGACAGCCCCCAGGGCCCAAGGGAAGGGUCUCUGCUGAAAUGGGGCAGGACUCUGCCCAGGACAGGAUGGGCACAGGGGGCCCAUUCCUGGGGGGAAAAGGUGUGGGUUCUCUUUGUGUAAAGUAGUGGUUUUGUACAGAAAUAAACUGGGUUAUAUAAAGAGCUUUGGGCCUGGG